UUCUUCAGUCUGCUGGUUCUGUUCCGAAGGCUUCUGUAGCGCCUACCGGAGGGAUAAAAACUAAACUAUACAAAACGUAAAAGAAAAAAAAAGGGGGGUUGACCGUCUGGAUUUGCCCCGCCUCCUUCCACUGUGAGCUUUUACUUCUGGACAGCACAGGGAGGACAGAGAAGUACACACUUGUCUCAGACUUUGGGUUCUCACUGGUCCUGAUCUGAUGCUGCUGGUUGGCUUCUUUUCCCUGCUCCUCCUCGCAGAUGGGGCCACCUCCGAGGGGAACUGCACUUAUCAGGAUAUUUUAAACCACUUACACUUUAAAGAUGAUUACAGCCCCUUCUACAUGUCCCGGCCUGUCAAAGACCACAAGUCGGCCACGGUGGUGAACCUGGAUUUGCGCAUCUAUGCCAUUCUACAGGUGAAAGAGAAGGAGCAGAUAUUUGUUCCCUACGUCUGGAUCACCAUGUGGUGGAAAAAUGACUACACCAGUUGGGAUCCUGAAGAAUUUUGCGGCAUAGAGUUUAUGUCCAUCCCUACGGGCCUCAUGUGGAAGCCCGAUGUCACUGUUGUAGAGAUGACAGAGAGGGACAAGGUUGCUCCCAGUCCUUAUCUCACUAUUACACAUAGAGGUAACAUCGAAAUCACCAACGACCAGGUACUGACCAGCACCUGCAGGAUGCAAGUUUACAAAUUCCCCUUCGACAUUCAGAGCUGCCACCUCACCUUCAAGUCCUUCAUUCACACCGACAAGGAAAUCAAGCUCCUGCCCUACUUAGAUUCCUCAAACGCCACGAAGGACUCUUCCGAGGUGAUGCGGAUCCAGUCCGAGUGGCUGUUCAUCAACAUGGCAGUCACCAGCAAAACGGCCGACUUAUAUGGCUUCAACCAGAGCCUGGUCGUUUAUACUAUCAACAUGAAGAGGAGGUCGGCGCUCUACAUCGUCAACUUCAUCCUCCCCAUCCUCUUCCUACUGUGUCUGGACUUGGCCUCCUUCUUGGUGUCGGACAGCGGGGGCGAGAAGCUGGGCUUCAAGGUCACUGUGCUGCUCGCCGUCACCGUGAUGCAGCUAAUCCUGAAUGAAAUUCUGCCUUCCUCGUCCAACAGGAUCCCACUCAUAGCCGUCUACUGCAUCGGGGUGUUUACUCUGAUGAUGCUCAGCCUCCUGGAGACGGUUCUGGUGAUGCAUCUGAUCGGGAAAGACUCUGCCCCCCGAGACAAGGAGACGGAAAAAGACAGAAACCGUGAGGGCAAACGAGAGUUCAACAAACUGAUCCACUUGACAUGUUACCGUGAUGUGUUUCCUGGUGAGAGUCCAACAGAAGUUCUGCCCGUGGCCAAAAAGGAUAGCACCAGUCGACUGAGGGAGGAGUCCACUGUCUCCGACGAGCUGAGGGAGGUGAUGAAGACACUGACUCUGCUCCUCGACAGCAGGAAGGAGGAACAAGCGCCCGGCUACUGGACCGGAGUGGCUCAGAAAAUCAACAAGGCUUUCAGCAUUUUCUAUGUCACAGCUGCUUCUUUGUUUUUACUCUUUAUGGUUAUCAAAUGGAAUUACGAUGGAAAUUAACAAUAGUGCAAAAUUAAGGAAAACAUUCUGCAUGUACGAGUCAUAGUUUCUGGUUUAGCUUUAACGCAUUAAAGGGCAAAAGUGUCAUUAGUAAUGAAUCCUCCAGUGGUAUUGCAAUUAUACACAUCUGUUGUUUCACAUUGUGGUUCAUGUCAAACAUAUUAUUGGAAUAUUCAAAUACACUAAUAUGCCAUCAAGUGGUACCUUGUUAUGUAUUUGCUAUGUAAUGAACGCAGUCCUUAAGGAACAAGUGUCCUUGAAAUGUAGCAUGCAAGUGUAAAGAAAAAAAUUAUAUAAUUCACAUUAAAGUUUUAUUUUAAAGUGAGAUUAAAAGAAGAUUUUUGAUUUUUAAAGCAGGUGUCGGUUCUGUUUAAAUACAGUGGAAGAAUCAAUGCACAGAGAAAUUUAUUUUUUAUUUGUGUUUACUUCUGCCUCUCCAACGAUCUUUUCAGUUUCCAAUCUUUGAUCUAAACAUUACUCUACUUCCGAUUGUUGGAUUGAUUUCAUCUUGCUAUAAUAAAUGUCCUGUUUUAUCA